AAUGAACAUCUUUUGGAGAGGAUUAAGUCAGAGGGGAAGAUAAGCAGAGAUCUCAUCUGAAGUAUGGCUCAGAGUGACUUCCUGUACCCAGACAACCCACGGAGGAGACAAGAAGUGAACCGGCUUCACCAACAGCUCCUUGAUUGCUUAUCUGACAGCUUCCGUGCCACCAAUAAGCUGAGUGACAUUCUCAAUAUGCACUUGGGGUGCAGGCUGCCCUUGAUUGAGAUGAAAAGAGAUGGGACCAUCAAAGAAAACUGUGAUAGCAUCAUCCAGGCCAUAAUGAAAAUUCAAAAAGAGCUGCAAAAGGUUGAUGAUGCACUGAAAAAAAAACUAGAGCCAACCCUUUAUAGGAAACUUCAGGACCUUAAGGAAAGGGAGACAGAGAAAAUUGCCAUCGUACAAAAGGUUAUCUCUGUCGUCCUGGGAGAGGCCACUUCUGCAGCCAGUGCCGUGGCCGUUAAACUGGUAGGCUCAAAUGUCACAACAGGCAUAAUUAACAAGUUGGUCGCUGUUUUAGCUCAAAUUGGUGGCUCUCUCCUUGGAAGCAUUGGAGUUGCUGUUCUUGGCCUUGGCCUAGAUAUGAUGUUCCGUGCUAUCUUGGGGGCCGUGGAGAAAACGCAACUUGAAGCAGCCAUCCGAAAUUAUGAGAAGCAUCUGGUAGAAUUCAAGGCUGCCUCAGAGAAAUAUCAUCAUGCCAUUACUGAGGUCACCAACUCAGUGAAACACCAGAUGAAAUGAACACACAUUUUUCUGUCACUGCAAUCGUUUCCUGCUUGGCUCCCAACACUUUGCUUCCUUCCAGAGGCUUGUUUUUCAUAAGCCUCCUGCAGGGGGUUGGUGGAUGGUCAGGAGAGGGGAUCAGAUGAAAAUUGAAUAGCUCUGGAGUGUGUUUUAGGAAUUCUUUG